AUGCCAGAGCUAGAAUCUUCUCCAGUUUCGUCCAGAUAUAGAAGUAGUCCACAAGUGAUGCCCCUGAGAGAGUCUUCCGCAAUUUCCACCUCCGUGAUGCCCCCUCAAUUACCUCCUUCAAAGGAAACUGCGAAUGUUACACCUCGGGACCCGCCGUCAGAAAUGAUUGAAGACCCGAUGGGACGCAUCAAUAAAAUAAUCCGAAUGUCGGAUGACAAAUCUACGAGAGGGUUUACCCCGACGGACUCAAUUUCCCCCUACCUGGGUAUUUCUCUGUCAAGUUGUACCAAGAAUUUCGAAAUGAAGAGACUUCCUGUUCAGAGAUCUACUUUCAGUGGAUCAUCCACGGUGUGCCAACAGUCGAACCAAAUUGUUAAAAACUUUAAUUUGCAGGGCGCCUCACAGUUACCAUCUUCCCAAAGUAAAAUAACUGACUUUUUGUUACAUCUUCUGUCUUUAACAGAGAGUCUGCCCCCCCUCCAUUUUGACUGUUAA